AUAAACCAGUUGGCGGGCUUAUCUAGUCGAUGGACCAAUCAAAACGUCGCUUUUUCGCUUGCACGAACAAGAACGCCGAGGUCAAACUGUUAAUACACAAAAGAAUCAUAUUGAGCGCGCGCAAAAGGUCCACUACAUCGUACUGCAAAAUGGAGUUCGCAGGCGUAAAAACCGGCAGAUAUUCCACUCCCAAAAUGCCCGCCAAAAGACAAGUUCUUGGACUUCGUGUGACCAGCGAUUCCAAUCAGGGUGGUAGGGAUCACAUGGAAGACAUGAUUGCCAUCCGUUAUGAACGGAGAACGGACAACGAUUGUGCCUUUUUCGGCGUUUUCGACGGGCACGGUGGAAAGGAAGCUGCAGUUUUCGCGCGUGAUACGUUAUGGGACACCAUCAAAGCACAGCGGGGAUUCGAAUCUAAAGACCCGACAAAAGUCAAGCAAGCAAUCAGUGAUGGAUUUCUUAAAACACAAGAAGCUAUGUGGAAGAAACGAGGCAGUUGGGGCACAACAAAAUCUGGGUACCCAAGCACUUCAGGUACCACGGCCUGUGUUGCCAUCGUCAGAGCCAGGCACAUGUGGAUUGCACAUGUUGGCGACUCGCGGGCUGUCAUGGGGGUGUAUGGCCAUCAGGGCCUGAAGUCACGUACUGUCACCGUCGAUCACAAGCCUGAGUCGCCCAAGGAGGUCAAGCGCAUCGAGGCCAUCGGUGGCAAGAUCCAAAGCAAGAAUGGCGUGCAGCGGGUGGUAUGGGAACGUACCAAGUUGGACCACAGCGGGCCUGUCCGCCGCAGCACCUGCGUGGACCAGAUUCCGUUUCUGGCCGUUGCACGAUCCCUAGGAGACCUGUGGAGCUACAGCACCCUCCAUGACGAUUACAUAAUCUCCCCAAAGCCCGACGUCAGUCACCACGUGCUGGACCCCAGGAUUCAUCAGUGUCUGGUCAUGGGCAGUGAUGGGCUGUGGAACAUGCUCAGCUCCAGCGACGCCAUCUACAUCCUGUCCAUGUACCAUCAGGAAAAGAGAAAGGGGGAGAAAAUGCGGGAGACGAUGGCACAGCGACUUGUCAAGAAUGCCAUCAACAGGUGGGUGCUACGCUCACUUCGAGCUGACAACACGACGGCCAUUACAAUCAUGUUUGACUUCCCGAAGGACUCGUCAAAAGCAUCAAAUGGAAUCAAGACACAGAAAAGAGAAAAUGCAGCAGAGGAGCCAGCCAAAACAAACGAAGAGGAGGCAGCCAAGACAAGUGACGCCAAGACAGACUCUCCUAGUGCGACCACAGGAGACAGUAGUCCUGCUCCUGAAAGUGCUGUAGCAUCAGCAAGCUCGCCGUCCACAAGCUCUUCACAAGAAUCCCCAAAGUUAACAAGUCCUGAGGCCAGAGAAGAAACAGAGGAAGACCCAGGUAUGGGUCUGUGUAUCCGUGGGGAGACGGACUUUGUGGGUGUCCAGGGCUUUGGGAGCGUUCGACCCAAGAUGCGGCACAGCAACGCUUACCGGGAUUUUGUCUUCCGCUUCCACUACCCCACCCCAGAGGAGGUGGCCGCUGAGGCCAGGGAGGAGUGGUGGCAACCUAAAAGGAAGUUCUUGGAGGACGAAGACUGCGAGUGGUCUGACUGGCCUACAGCUAAGAGGGUGAAGCCCGACGGUGAGACUUAUAUCAAUACCCCCUUCUCGACGGUUGCGAGCAACACAAAGCGCAUCCGCAGGCAUGACUCUGCCCCUUCCCCAUGGCUGACCCCAAAGGAGGAAGAGGAAGAGAAGUGUGACUGCUAUGACUGCCACAACAAUUGGGCUGCGUACUGCCUCAGGAAAAAGAAGUGGACAGACAAGCCCAAGAUCGAGAUUGUACGGGAGUACCUGACCAAUCCGGACCUCCAGGAGGAAGAGGAAGAGAAGUGUGAGUGCUUUGAGUGCACCAACGGCGUGUCCCAGUUUUGCGGCAGCAGCUGCAACGACUACAGCCCAACUAAAGACUGCCGGUGCUCCUAUUGCAAGAACGGGAAUCCGGACUACUGUACACGCAGAGGCCGGGCCCAGAAGAGCCAGAAGAAGAAGCUGGAUGGCCCCUUCAAGCAGACGCGGUACAACACCCGCAACUCGCCCACGGAGUCCGAUGUGCCGCUGGCACAGAGGGCGCUACGCAGCCUGAACAAGAGUGCCACGCAGCCACCUAAGCCAAAGAAGCUGUUCACGCCAGCCAGGAGGAGAGUGAAUGGCCGCCACAGAUCUGCACGAUUAAUGAACUCUUGCUAGAUGGAUGUGUUGCCACCAUGUCUGGUCAGUUUGUCAAUUUCUGUUAGAUGCAUUGUGGAAAACUUGUGAAUCCCUUUUCUUUUUGAUUGGGGACAAAACCAAUCUUUUUAGUAAACAAUGCUUAUUGCUUAAACUUGUGCAUUUUACAUAUGGCUAUCAAUGCUGAUGGUUGCACCUUUUUUAGUGACAAAUUUUAGUACUUUUUUCCUUCACCUUUUUAUAUGUAUUCUUUAGUUGUCAUACAGUGUUUGGUACAUAAGCAUUUUGUACUUGAAAUUUAAGUCUAACUUUAAAUUUUCUUGUCAGUGUGGAGAGUGGGUUAAGAUCACUUUUUCCCUAAUGCUAAUUUUUAUCAGCCAAGUUGAUUUUGGGCCAACAUCAACUUUGCUGAUAUUAACUAAAUUGCCUGUAACAUACAAAGUACUGUAUCUGAUUUAUAAGAUAACCUCUUUAAACUUGCAAUUCUUAAAUAUCAAUUGUAUGAUGAAAUCCAAUUUGAGGUCAUUUAAUAAUUUUCAUGAAAAUGUAAAUAUUAAAAUUUCAUUUUUGAAUGAGCAGCCAACAUGGAAACCGUUGCCAUGAAUUGAAUUGUAUCUACAUAUACUUUGUAAACAUAAAUGGAUAAAUUUGUAUAAGAUUUUUCCCGAAAACGUGAACAUGUAGGCUA